GUCAAAACUGUAGAGGAUUUUAAAAGCAAUAGUCUUCAAUCGUACUCGCGCGAAACGAAGCCGCGCUCGUUCCUUCCCGCUAAAAACAAACCGCGCUAUAUCAUCUCCCAUUUCUGUCCUCCCCCAAAUUCGACAAACCCUACCCGAUUCGCCAUUUGAUUCUUCCUUCUUCUCUUUUACUCCUCGGCGGCAGCAGCUUUUCCGCCCGACGGUGACACUCUCGCCCCCUUUCGCUCUCAAUUCUCAUACACAAUGCCUUCCAUCGCCAAACGAUGUGCCUCUCCGAUCUCUCCCGCCCACAAAGAUCUCCCGCAGACUCUCGUUGGAUCCGACGGCGAUUCCACUCCUCAGAAGCGGAAGCUCAGAUCUGGAACGCCGGCAGCUCUUCGCGAGAGCGGAGUCGCCUAUCCAGGGAAGAGAGUGUCGCCUCGUCGAUGCCUGAAUCAGAGCCCAAAUACUCCUCCAAAGAGAAUUGAGUCAGCAGUUGGUGAUAAGCCCAUGAAACCGAAGAAAUCACCAGUCAAGAAAUUGCCUGAUAGUCUUGUCUCUGAUAGCAAAUGGAAUCCAAGAGAUGCUCAGCAGAUGAGCGCAGCAAAGGAAGCGCUUCACGUGUCGACGCUGCCACCAUUUGUCUCUUGCCGAGAAAAUGAACAAAAGAUGAUUGUGGAUUUUUGCAAGGGAUGCAUCAAGCAGGAGAAACCCGGCAGCUUAUACAUCUGUGGAUGCCCUGGGACAGGAAAGUCCUUAUCCAUGGAAAAAGUGAAGGGGCUCUUACUGCAUUGGACACAGGAGGCUGGUCUUCAGCAGCCAGAAGUUUUAACUUUAAAUUGCACUUCUCUAUCCAGCACAUCUGAGAUCUUCAGCAAGAUAAUAUCCAAGUACCAAUCACCAAAAAUGACAAAUGAUCGUACCUCAGCUUUGCAACUGCUUCAGAAAUUAUAUUCAGAGAAGCAACAAUCCACGAAGAUGAUGCUAAUUAUUGCAGAUGAAUUGGAUUAUUUGAUCACAAAAGACCGUGCUGUGCUUCAUGAUCUUUUCAUGCUCACCACUUUCCCAUUCUCUAAAUGUAUAUUAGUAGGAAUAGCAAAUGCCAUAGACUUGGCAGAUCGUUUUCUACCGAGGCUUCAAGCCUUAAAUUGCAAGCCUAUCAUUGUAACUUUUCGGGCUUACUCCCCAGAGCAGAUCAUCAGGAUUCUUCAACAGAGACUCAAGGUGCUCCCUUAUCCUGUCUUUCAACCACAUGCCCUGGAACUCUGUGCCAGAAAAGUUGCAGCCGCAUCUGGAGACAUGAGGAAAGCUCUUUGUAUUUGCAGGGCUGCUAUUGAUAUGCUAGAGGCGGAGCUUCAAGAGUCAACAAGAAGCCUAUAUUUGUCAAUGCAUAAUGAGGACAAGGGUCAGCAAGCAGUCACAGCGCCUGGAUGCUCAAAACUGCAAGAAAUAGAUGCUGUCAGGGUAGAUCACAUGGUUCUUGCAUUAUCCAGAACAUUCAGAUCGCCAGUGGUGGAUACCAUUCAGAGUCUUCCACAACAUCAACAGAUUAUACUUUGCUCUGCUGUGAAACUUUUCCGUGGUCGGCAGAAGGAUACAAUAGUCGGAGAGUUAUACAAAAGUUACCUGGAUGUCUGUAAGUCAACACACAUACCUGCGACUGGAUUUCUGGAGUUUUCUGGUAUGUGCAGAGUCCUUAGUGAUCAGGGUCUUCUCAAACUAGGUCAAUCUCGAGAAGAUAAAUUGCGAAGAAUAGCAUUAAAAGUUGAUGAAGCAGAUAUUGCAUUUGCAUUGCAGGGAGUUCGUUUCUUCCGAAAUUGUCUUCAGUAGUGCUGCAAACGAAGGCCACAAACUCAUCGCUCUUCACUUAUCUGGUCACUCGGAUUUCAAGGUGUCUUCUCUCUCCCCUUUGAGAUCAUUGUUACUAGUGUUUCCUCCAUCAAGAAGCUCAGUGGAAAAGCAUCAAGGGGAGCUUGAACAGAUCGUGUACAGAAGUUAUCUCAGACGUACAGGAUCGAAGAACCCAAAUCGUACCAGAUAAAAUCAAUCAAAAAUUUGAGUAUAGGUCUAAUGAAAGUUUAAAUUUUGUCUGCGAGCUAUUAGAUGAAUAAAUUUUAAGAGAAAUAAAAAAGAUUUACUGCACUAAGUAAAUAGCUUAGCUGAACAAAGUAUUUCCGUGGGGAUAAAGAGAACAACUUCCUGAAGGAUUUUAUGGGAAGCAAGAUGAAU